GGCUUUGCUGUACCUGCAGGAGCUGGCAGAGGAGCUGACGUCGGUGUACCAGCCUCCGGCUCCCACUGAGAGAGCCCAGGAGCCAGAGCUCGAGUGUAUGCAGAAGAAGCGUCAGAGCCGGAGGAGGAAGGAGGAGGAAACAGAUAGCGAUGAUCCUGCGCGAGAUGCUGACUUUGUGCCAUCAAAGGAGGUGUUGCUGCAGGCGGAGGAGGAGGAGGGGAGCGACGCACCGCUCAGUGAGGUGUCGGAGCCAGAGCUGGAGGGACUCCGAGGACAUGGUGGGAAGGCGUCAUCUGCAGGGAGAUCCAAGCCCCAGUGCCGAGGCCUUGCCCCCAACGGCUUCCACAACUCCAUCAUGGCCCCAGUGGAGAAGUGCUCCAGCCUCACCUGCAGCCUGCGGGAUCAGAAGUACUCGCAGUGGGAGUUUCCCAACUGGAUCCCUUUGGCGCACAAGUGGACGUGUCUCUCUGAAAGUGAAGCUGCCCCAUACCUGCCGGCAGAGGAGAAGUCUCCCCUCUUCUCCAUCCAGCGGGAGGGCAUUGAAGACGACGGUGUCUUGUACAGGGUAAACAGGUUCGGCUCCCUGCAGCCCCACGAGGAACGCCUGGAUGUGUCCUUCUUCGUGGGCGGCCCCGUGUGGGCGAUGGAGUGGUGCCCGUCCCCGGAGGGCUCAGCAGCCUCUCAGUAUGUGGCUGUCUACUGCCACGGGAGCAUGGAGGAGACGCACAGCAUGGCCGGGCUCCACGGGGGACCUGCGCUCCUGCAGCUCUGGGGCCUGGGCACGCUGCAGCAGGAGCAGGGCUCUGCCGACAAAGCCGGACUGGCCUACGCCAUUGCUGCCGACCACGGCUGUGUCUGGGACAUGAAGUUCUGCCCCAGCGGUGCCUGGGAGCCCCCCACCGCUGUCAGGAAGCGCCCGCAGAUGAACCGGCUGGGCCUGCUGGCCGUGGCCUUCUCGGACGGCAAGGUGGUGCUGUACGCCCUCCCGCACCCCGGGGCCCUGCAGCGCUCCAAGAGAACCCAGGUAAAAGGUAGGAAGAGCCGCGUGCAGUGUGUUGCCACGCUCCAGGUGGGCUCCGUCCAGGCAGGGAACGCCUCCGAAUGCGGCCAGUGCUUCAGCCUCUCCUGGAUGCCAUCCAAGCCCCAUCAUCACCUCGCAGCCGGUUUUUAUGACGGCACUGUGGCUAUCUGGAACCUGCUCACCAAGUCCCUGCUGCAGUGUGUGCACCAGCCCGACGGCUGCCUCAAGCUCUACCCUUUCCAGUGCUUCCUAGCCCAUGACCACGCAGUCCGGAGCAUCGAGUGGUGCAAGGCCGACAGCAACUUCCUGGUCACGGCAGGGAGCGACCGUAAGAUCAAGUUCUGGGACCUGCGACGGCUCUACGAGCCCAUCAACAGCAUCAAGCGGUUCCUCAGCACUGAGGUGGCCUGGCUGUUGCCUUACAACGGGGUCACCGUGGCCCAGGACAACUGCUACGCCUCUUAUGGUCUCUGUGGGAUCCAUUACAUCGACGCUGGGUACUUGGGCUUCAAGGCUUAUUUUGUGGCCCCUCGCAAGGGGACCGUGUGGCCGGUCUACAAAGCCGAUCUGCUGCCCUGCAGCCCUGCCGGGCCGGAGGACAGUGAGCAGGCGCUGCCGAAGACCAGGCUCUACAGCGAGAUGGUGACCAAGAGCUACAUCCGAUUCCGGGACACGGACCUGGUGUUUGGGCAGAAGUUUGGGGUUCUGGAGCAAGGCUCGGGGUUCCGGGUCGUGCAGGGGUGA